AUGUGUAUUGCACUUUAUUACAUUAAUCCAAAAGGAAAAUUUAGAUUUAUUUUGCUUUUUAAUAGGGAAGAGUUUUCAAAAAGACCAACUGAUUAAUUAAAAAUAAUUCUAAAUAAUUAAGAUAACAUCAUUAUAGCAGGGCAAGAUUAAUUGUAAUAAGGAACAUGGCUUGGAUUUAAUAUUACUAAUGGAAUGAUAGCAUUUUUAACAAAUAAAAACCAUUUCUUUUAUGUAUCAUUCAAGUAGAAAAUUUCCUAAAUUACAAAUUAGAUUAGGUUUCAAUACCCAAAAUUUAUGAAAUUCUUUUACCCAACAUUUAAAUCAAGAGGUCAAUUAAUUGUCGAUUUAUUAAAGAAAAAAAAUAUCGAGCAACCUCUAGAAUUUGACUAUAAACUAAAAGAUUAACAUUUAACUUGUAAUUAUCAUCUAGAUAAUAAAAGUAAUAAUGAUAAUGAUAAUUGUUAUACAAAGAGCAGAUUAAUUUAAGCAUAAUUAAAUAAAGAUUAAUAUAUGGGAUUCAAUCUAUUUGUUGGAAAUUUAAUUAAUCAAGAAUACUAUUUAUUGUCUUCUACAUCUAAUUAAUUUAGAAUAGCUGAUAAAAGUGGAACAGCUUGCAGUUUUAGUACUAUUGGAGAGAAUUAAAUAGAAAAGGAAAUAAUAGCUUAAAAUAAAUUUGAAUAAAUAAUCGAAACUGAAGAUAAUAUUGAUAUUUUAUUCGAUAAAUUAUUUUAAUUAGCUCAAGAAAAGUUUAAAAGCAAUGAAAUAUUUUUUAAAGCAUUUCCUGAAGAAUCCUCCUUUUUCAUUCCAGAGUAUAAAACUAAAAUAGGAUAAAAAAGAGGAACAAGAACUACUUCAAUAAUUAUUUUUGAUGGUUUUAAGGUAGAAAUGAAAGAAAAAACUUAUUUAUGA